AUGUAUCAAGUCCUUAAGCUAAUGUUUUGGUGGUCUGGGAUGAAGAAGGAUAUUGCAGAUUAUGUCUCGCGCUGUUUGACUUGUCAAAAGGUUAAAAGUGAGCAUAAAAGACCAGGAGGUUUACUGCAACCUUUGGAGAUACCGGUAUGGAAGUGGGAUGAUAUCUCUAUGGAUUUUGUUGUGGGUUUACCCCGGACGAACGCGAGAAAUGAUGCGCAAUGGGUACUACGCUGCUUUAUAGUACGUCAUACAGAGCAGACAGAUCAGAUAUUAGAGGAUAUGUUGCGCGCUAUUGCCAUGGAAUGUCCGGUUUAUUGGGAUGAUUUCACCGAAGCUGUGACCUUGGGACCUGAUUUGUUGUUCCAGAUGACGGAAAAAGUGAAGUUGAUAAGGGAUCGCUUGAAAGCGGCGCAAGAUCGUCAAAAGUCUGACGCUGAUUUGAAGCGACGACCAGAAGAGUUCACCGUGGGUGAACAAGUAUUACUUCGCGUGUCACCCAUGCGCAGAGUAGUACGUUUUGGUGCUCGUGGGAAGUUGAGCCCUCGAUUCAUAGGGCCAUAUGAAAUAUUGGAACGUUUAAGGCGGUAUCAUGCCACCGCCACUCAUGUCUUAGAUGCUGAACCUUUAGAGUUGGAUGCAUCCUUGUCUUACUCCGAGAAACCGGUUAGAAUCUUGGACACAAAGGUCCGUAGUACACGACGGAAAGAUAUAUUUAUGGUAAAGGUCUUGUGGUCAAAUCACGAGCGUGAAGCGGCUACAUGGGAAAUGGAAGACGCUAUGCGAGAAAAUUAA